ACCUGUUGUCACACCGAUGGAAAUGAAAGAGACAUUGUACAUGUACAAAAUGCUGCGAUCGUAUUUUGUGAAGCGCACAAGUUAGGGAUGACCCAACAAGAUGAUUAUAUUUGGUUUCUCCCACCUUGGCUUCCAAAAGAUUUUCAAAUGUGGCAAAGAAUGGUUAACAAUAGCUGUACUGCUAGUGAGCUGAGAAAUGCAAUCGAAGGUCACUUUAGUGUAAGACACUCUCCAUUUGGUAACCCUGAAGCACUAAUGCAGGAAGGAAAGCCUAUAAGGGCUUGGUUAGAUGAAUAUAGAAACCAAUCUGGAGAGCCUUCGAACUAUGCGGGCUUUACGUACGAUGCUGUUUGGGCCUAUGCGAUCGCCGCACACAAAUUGCUCCUUAAGGACCAAUAUGCUGUCAAUUAUUUAAGAAAUACUGAGGUUGUAAAUCGGUUCAGGGAAUUAAUUGGGCAAACUAAUUUUGAAGGGUUGUCCGGUAAUGUGUCCUUUGCCCAAGGAGAGCUUGGGGGAUCCCGUAUUAUCGACUUGGACAUUUUACAGUGGAAAAAUUCGAGUCUUGCAAAAGUGGGAAAGUUUAAGCCUAGCGUAAAUGGUAAGGGAGCCAGUAUGCAUGUAUGCGGAGGUAAUUUAUCGUUGAACUUAAACAAUAUAUUAUGGUUAAAGGGUGUGGUGCCAGAGGAUGGAAGAUAUGACUGCCGGUUCUCAAGAUUAGCUCGUACAUUGCGAGUGAACUGUGAUAUUGCUGCUAUGGUUUUCGCGAUAGUAUUGUGUUUACUUGCAAUAUCUUUAAUAUCAUUUACGUCAUUCUGGUUUUGGAAGAAACGAUAUAGCCGGAAACUGAAACGAUCGGCACAGAUCAUGAAAAUGUUUGGGAUAGACCUGCUAUCUCCAUCGCAGAAUAAAACUAACACUUUAGAUAAAUGGGAAAUUCCAAAGGAGAAUGUUGUGGUUAACCGUCGGUUAGGAGAGGGUGCUUUUGGAAUGGUUUACGGUGGAGAAGCACAGAUAACUUCUGGUCAGUGGACUGCUGUAGCUGUAAAAACGCUGAAGUCUGGGCAGUCUAUGGAAGAUCGAUUGGACUUCUUGUCAGAAGCAGAGGCUAUGAAGAAAUUUGAUCACAAAAACAUUAUAAAGCUACUAGGCGUUUGCUUGCAGAAUGAACCAAUAUAUACAAUAAUGGAGUUCAUGUUAUACGGCGAUUUAAAAACUUAUCUAUUGGCUCGCAGGAAUAUGGUGAAAGAGAAGUUUACUGAUGAAUCUGAUAUCUCGCCAAAGCGUCUUACGCUGUAUGCUAUGGAUGUUGCAUGUGGUCUUGCUUACUUGGCAGAAAAGAAGUACGUUCAUCGUGAUAUCGCGCUUAGAAAUUGCCUAGUUAAUGCCCAGCGGGUUGUCAAAAUAGCAGAUUUUGGUAUGGCUCGUCCAACGUUUGAGAGUGACUAUUAUAGGUAUAACAGAAAGGGUGCUCGUAAGCUUUUUCCUGUUCGUUGGAUGCCACCAGAAACACUAGCCCUAGGAUUGUUUACUCCAGCCUCUGAUAUAUGGUCAUUCGGUGUGGUACUCUAUGAAGUAAUUUCAUUCGGUUCAUAUCCAUACCAGGGUUUAACAAAUAAUCAGGUGCUUGAAUAUGUUAAGAAUGGUAAAACGAUGCAUAUACCUUUAGGUGUUAAGCCCCAACUAGAGGGUCUCUUAAAGGCAUGCUGGAGCCAGGAAGCAAGCAAACGUCCUACUGCUUUGGAGGUUGUGGAGUACAUUUCCAACUACCCUCGACUAUUAACUCCUGCUCUUGAAGUCCCUGCCACUUCUAUUGAAUUGCCGGAAAGUCAAUCUGAUCAAAUACAGGAAUGUGAGGAAUUGAGCAAUUUAAACUCUUCGGCCAAUACUAAGCCCGAUACAAUAUUCAAACCUCUUUGUGAUACUGGUUCGUUUACACCCAUAACCCCAGAUGGAUACAGUAUAAUGUCCCCACUCUUAAUGCCCCAAGUGAGUUAAUUGUUAUAUUUUUUUUUGUCUAAUUUACCCACAACAUUUACAAAACAAAUAAGAAAUCGCUACGCAAAUAAUGGCAUUGCACAUACAUUCCUAACAUUUAGAGUCUUUGAUAUGGUAAAUGAUUUUGUAAUUAAUUAAGCUUCUUAUUUUUAAUCAAACUUGUGGCUUAUGUUUAGUUUUAUUUUGUAAUUUCAUAGUUUGCACAUAUUGCACUAUAAAAUACUUUCGUAAUAUAAAUUUGUAUGUUGCCUCUCCCCGUUGUAAUGUGUACUGUAUUGUACUAUUGUAAUAUAAAUUAUAAUUGUUAAAAAAAGUA